UAAAAAAUGGGUGCUUCGCCAUCAAUUCCGGUACUCUCAGAGGAGUUUAUAGGCAAAUUAUGCAGUGACGUUACCUUUAAGAAGGUAAUAAAAAAUCAUUCAAUGUAUACCUCAGUUCUUGGAGAAAUCGAAGGAGAAGGCCUAGUCCUUGUCAAGAUCAGAGGCGAUAAGAUAAUAGGAAGUUCGAUACAAAAUUUCAAGCAGCUUACUGAUGUCAAGAGGAAGGUGGAGUCACUAAGUUCUUUAGUAGAUAUUGAUCUCCAUCCUAACCUAUUACCCAUCGAGCUCUUUGAACUCUUUGAUUGAGGCAUUACCAUGAGUUUUAGACAAUAUAUGUACUCAACUUUAAAGGAGAGACUUGGCCAAGUUCCAAAGAUCGAAAAUAUACAGAAAAAGUGGAUUACUUUUCAGUUGAUUCACGCUUUGAAACAACUUCAGAAUCUUGAAGGGUUCCAUGGAAAUAUUACUCCUGAGAAUAUCACUCUAACUUCAUCAGAUUGGAUCCAUCUGACAGACUAUAUCAGUUAUAGGCCAACAUUUUUAGGUGAGGAUGAUCAUCAGACAAAUUCUGUCUAUUUUGAAGAUUUUGUUAAUACAAAAAGAUGUUACAUUGCUCCUGAAAGAUUCUUAAAGAAUAUUCACGACAGUCCCAAGAUCACUAAAAAGGACGAGUUUGCAAUGGAUGUGUUCUCACUUGGCUGAAUCAUUGCUGAAAUUUAUAGAAAUGGAAGACCUCUUUUUGAUCUCCCUAAAUUGAUGGAGUACAAGCGAGGAGAGCUUGUUAUUGACAAGAGCUACUUUGAGAAGGAGAUCAAGAAUGAUCCCUUUAUCAUUCAAAUAAUUAUCAGUAUGAUUAGCCCCAAUCCGAGUGAUAGAAAGACGAUUGACCAGUAUUUACACUUGUUCCUCUCAGAAUCAAUCGAUAGUUCAUCAAAAUCUUUCCCUGAAUCUUUUAAUGAUAUCCUAUACCCGAUUGGAAAGGCUUUCUUGCAGCCUGAGUUCCUUUUCGGGGAUGAGAAAAUAGCAAUGAUUUAUGAAACCACAAGUUGGCCAACAAGUAACUUGGAAUGCAAACCAUUUGCUCUGAAUCCAAUCAUUUUUCAGAAAAUUAAGAAAGCACAAGUAUUUAGAAUUGGCAAAGCCAAGAAUAAUCGUGGUUCUGACCUCUCUCCCGUUGAAGAGGAGAAAUAUGAAGAUUCUAAGGUAGCCAAAGACUGUGAUGGGGAGGGACUCAUCUUGUUCAAUAUGAUUAUUCACGCUAUUCCUCAAUGCCAGUUCCCAUCCUCUAAGAUUCUUGCAAUGGAGUUGAUCAAGAAGAUCUCAGAUGACUGAAAACUUAAGAGUGGAAAUUUAAUGAUUAAAUCACAGGAUAAUUCAAAUGAAGCUAUUUUAAAGUACAUUGUCCCUCAUCUGGUCAAUUUGAUUGUCAAGCCAGACUCUUCCCAGAAAGAAGAUACUAUGGUAAAGGCCAAAAUGAUGGAAGCUCUUAUAUACUGUUUGAAGAAUGUCAAGGAAGGGCACCUAGCUCCAGAAGACUAUAGAUUCUUCCAAGAUUACUUCUGCCCAGUCGUAAUUGAUAAAUUCUUUGAAAUUAGCGACAACUCUAGCUUCUUAGAUGAACCAUUAGUACAAAACACCAUAAUCAGGCAUAUUGGAGACAUAGUAACUAUUGGGGAGCAGUUUAAAUAUUUAACUCAGACAAGCAUUUCAGACAGCUUUAGAGAGCUCAAGGAAUCUGGCAAGGAAAUAACUCGUGAGAAGAGAGCGUACUUGGAAAAUAUCCUUAACGAUGACUCUAAUUAUGCAAAUGACGUUGUGGGUAAAGUCUUUAUAUUCUUGAAUAAAUCUGCCAGGCAUCCUAUGGCAGUAGAGUUCCUAAAGAAUCUGGACCAGAUCUACUUCGGGCUUGGGAAAGCCACCUUUGAAGAGAACUUAUUUCCUCAUCUAAGUGAAUGGAUUUUGAGUGCCAAUACUAAUAUUUUGUAUGAAUUCUUAAAGGUUAUUGGGACCCUUCCCAUAAAAACUAGUCAAAUACAGGAUAGCCUGGACUGUUUUUCAAAGAUAGAAAAUGGGUGAGGUGUUCAGGACAUUAUGCAAUACUUGAACCCUGUCAUUGCCAAUUUUCUCGAGGCUAAUCUAAACCAAGAGGAAAAUAAAGAUGAAGAAAAUAAGGAAGAAACUGUAAUAUCAAGUAUUUUCUCUGAUCAAAAACUUUCCGGGACCAAUGAACUUCAAACAGAAGAUGUGAUACCCUUCUUGAAACCUGGUGUAUCUAAAGAUCUUUAUGAUUACUUCAGGAGCCCCGAAAGCUUUAUCAAGAAGGCCAAAUUAGAAACCCUAAAGACAAUUUUAGCAUUGUAUCACCUCUCAGUUGAAGACUACUACUUAAGGCCAGAAGAUGUGGAGAACAUCAAAAACGACUUAGAGCAGGAUCGGAUUCUCAGUUUCCAGCAUCACAUUCAGAACUACAAUGAGGUAGCAUUAUAUAAGAAGGAAUUGGAUAAAAAUACCUUUACUGACUCAGUGUACGAGAGUAAAAUUGAGAAGGAAAAAGUGCCCUACUUCAGCAAGACCAUCUCCGACGUAUACUCCCAGCGUAAGAGAGCCUUUUCCCAGAUUAAUACUGACAAGGAGAAGAUUGAUUUCGAAAAGGAGCACCGCCUAGGACUAUUAAAAUCCCAAAAUAAAGGAGAGUUGUAUUACUAUCCUGACGGGCCUAAAAGCUCUUCAGAUAAUUUCGGGAUAAACACAUUUGAUGACGAAAGAGAAGCAUUAAGGGACGAAGACAUCUCUAGGUACUACGAGUCACUAAACUCGAACAAGAACCAGGGAUGUAUCAAAUACUACAUCAAAGAGUUCCAAAGAGAUCUAAACUUUGGCUCACAGUCCAAAGGCAUGGAUGCCUGCCUUUGGGACCCUGAGAUGACUCUGGUGAACACUCUCUACAAUUUCAAUAAUUACACUAAUAAAAUCCUAGAUCUUGAUGUUUCUCAAGAUUCGAGGUACUUCACCAGUAUUUCAGAGAAAAAUAUUAAGAUGUGGAAUUGCCAAGAUGUUAAGAAAGUAGAAGAUAUCUUUGAUAUUAACUGUACAAAGCCAUUAACUUGAGUCUCAAUGCUGGAAGGUUCUUACUCCUUUGUGACAGGUAGUAAAAACGGUACACUAGAUCUGUAUAGUCCAUUUGAGUUUGAAGAAAAAUCAUCCUCAGCUCAGAGUAAGGAUGACCUUCUUAAAUCAUGUUAUAUCAUGAACAGGGUCACUCAUCCUGAUGAGGGGGCUAUAGUUGAUGUACAAGACAAGGUACUUGAAGCACAGAGAGAGCAUUGUGUCAUUUACUGCACUCAGAAAGGCUUUGUACAUAUUUAUGAUGUCAGAGCUAGGAACCCUGUGUUUAAUUUCUACAUUGGUCCAAGGAAUAGCUGUAUUAGCGCAAUGGCUGUCGGCCCUAAGGAGGAUCAAGCACUGAUUGGUACUCUUGACGGAAGCAUCAUCACAUAUGACUUCAGGUACAAUAUGAAAGCAUCUCACUGUAAGGGAACUGUCGGGUCAAGUAUAAUGAACAUUCAGUCUUUCUACCCAAAUAAGUACAGGAAAUUCUUGUUCUACAAUGCUUAUCCAACCUAUCCACUCGCAUUCAUUGCAACUGGUGAUGGAAACGUGAGCCUUGUGGAUAUCUCGGGAAAUACAGGUAGCUACGAGCUCCAGAUAGUUAUGUGGUCGAAUUCUGGAGAAGAAAAGAAUACAAACCUUAAUGCUUUUAAAUCAAGAGAAUUAAAUAAUGCAGGAAGAUCGGUCUACAAAUCUUGAAUUGCCUCUAAUUCAGUGAUGGGAACUUCCUCAAUUCUUUCAAAGCCAAGCGAGAGGAAGAGAGUUCAGGAAAAUAUUCGGAAUAUUAAUCAGAAUUCCCAGACUGCAAUGCUGUGUCCUAAGAGGGCAGGGGAUAAUCACUCUGCUUCAUUCCUCCUUGGAGGAGACACUAAUGGAAGACUGAGAUACUGGAACAUUGAGGAUAAACACCAUACUUGUAAGCAUUUUUAUCUGGCAGAAGGUGAAAAAUUGCAGUAUAAGAAGGGUAAGCAUAGAAAUACUUUCCAUACCAUGAAGGACAAAGUGGUCCAACUUGAAGAUCAAGAAGAGUCCAAAAACUCAUCAGAUUUACUUCCAAAACUACCAGGAGUCCACGAGGGGCACUGCUCCUCGAUAACAGCCCUGGGGAUGCUCUAUAAGGAGGAAAUGGACGAUGAAAAUGAAGGGAUUUAUGCUAUCUCUAGUUCCACAGACGGCACUAUUAAGAUUUGGAAAUAAGUGAUUUCAGUGAGCAA